AUGCUGGAUGUGAAGGGAGUGGGAGAUGAGGGGACGGUCGCUGUACCUGGAUAUGCAGACGCCACACCUGUGCGGCUGGGAGUGGAAGGGAGCCUCACCUUCCCGCACCACCUGACCUGUCUCUCCCCUUGCUUCUCCCCUGCUUCUCCCCUGCUUCUCCCCUGCUUCUCCCCUGCUUCUCCCCUGCUUCUCCCCUGCUUCUCCCCUGCUUCUCCCCUGCUUCUCCCCUGCUUCUCCCCUGCUUCUCCCCUGCUUCCCCCUUGCUUCCCCCUUGCUUCUCCCCUGCUUCUCCCCUGCUUCCCCCUUGCUUCUCCUCUCUUCUCCCCUCUUCCCCCUCUUAACCCCCUUCCCCCAGGCCACCUCCCCAGUAGACCCAAGGGUCCUAGACGCCAUGCUGCCGUUUUUCACGGAGCAGUACGGCAACCCGCACUCGCGCACGCACCUGUACUCUCUUCCCUGCUUCUCUUCUACGCCCCGCUCCCCCAGGCCACCUCCCCGGUAGACCCGAGAGUGUUAGACGCCAUGCUGCCGUUCUUCACGGAGCAGUGCGGCAAUCCGCACUCGCACACACCUGUCUUUCCCCACCGCCUUUACGCAAUGCUGCCGUUCUUUACAGAGCAGUACGGUAACCCGCACUCGCGCACGCACCUGUAUGGGUGGGAGAGUGAGGGGGCGGUGGAGGCAGCACGGCAGCAGGUGGCGUCUCUGAUCGGUGCCAGCCCCAAGGAGAUCAUCUUUACUUCUGGGGCGACUGAGUCGAACAACAUUGCCAUCAAGGGCGUGGCGCAUUUCUACAAGGACAAGAAGCGUCACGUCAUCACCACUCAAACCGAGCACAAGUGUGUGUUGGACUCGUGCCGGCACCUGCAGCAGGAGGGCUUCGACGUGACUUACCUCCCCGUCGGCUCUGACGGUCUCGUCGACCUCGAAACCCUAAAAGCCGCGAUCCGCCCGGACACGGUUCUCGUUUCGAUCAUGACCGUUAACAACGAGAUUGGCGUCAUCCAGCCGCUCGCCAAAAUCGGGCAGCUCUGCCGGGCAAACAAAAUCUUCUUCCACACCGACGCUGCGCAGGCAGCGGGGAAAAUCCCGCUAAGUGUCGACGAGCUAAACAUCGAUCUUCUCUCGCUUAGCAGCCAUAAGAUCUACGGUCCGAAGGGGGUUGGCGCUUUGUAUGUGCGCCGCCGACCCAGAGUGAGGCUCGAGCCUCAGAUGAGCGGUGGAGGCCAGGAACGGGGUCUCAGGUCCGGUACCGUACCUACCCCGCUGGUGGUUGGGCUAGGUGCAGCAUGCGCCGUCGCCGAAGCUGAACUAGAACGCGAUUACCGCCACGCAGAGCACUUAAAGGAGAGGCUUUUAAAGGGGAUAAUGUCGCAGCUGGAAGGGGUGGUGAUCAACGGCUCUGAUGAACCUGGGAAGCGGUACCCGGGCAAUCUGAACCUCUCGUUUGCGUAUGUGGAGGGGGAGAGCCUGCUUAUGGGGUUAAAGGAGAUCGCGGUGUCGAGUGGGAGUGCAUGCACGAGCGCGAGUCUCGAGCCCAGCUAUGUGCUGCGGGCGCUGGGCGUGGAGGAGGAGAUGGCUCAUACCUCCAUUCGGUUCGGAUUCGGGCGAUUCACCACUGAAGAAGAGGUGGACAGGGCUGUGGCCCUGACAGUGCACCAGGUGCAGAGGCUGAGGGACAUGAGUCCGUUGUGGGAGAUGGUGCAGGAAGGCAUUGACAUCAAGACCAUUCAAUGGUCGCAGCACUGA